AUGGCUGAACAAGAUGGAAAGUUGUACAGAUUGAUCACAGCACUUAUGGAACAAUCUGGACAGUUGAUUGCACUGGCAUGUGAGUAUCUUUACAUCCACAGAUUGAAUCACAACUCCAUCGAAACCUUGACUGGAUCAAAUUAUAGCAAAUGGAAACAAGAUCUGGAAAUAUCUCUAGGUUUUCUGGAUUACAAUUUUGUGCUCAAAGAGGCACCUCCCCAGGAACCAGCUGCAGAUGCUUCUGCAGAAACUAAGACUAAGUUUGCCAAAUGGGAAAAGGCAAACAAGAUGGCUAUGUUAAUCAUGCAAAGGGCUAUGUCUUCAUCAGUGAAAGGAAGCAUUCCUAAAUCUAAGAAUGCACAGCAAUACUAUGAGUCAAUUGCACAAAGGUUCAAGGAAUCUGAAAAAGCUGUCAAGAGUUCCCUGCUGAAUCAAUUGAUUGAUAUAAAGUAUGAUGGACAGGGUUGU